UUCACAUGCACCGCAAUGUCCCAAGAAUUUAGAGGAACAUCGCGGCCCCUCUGCGGACAGAUAUAUGUGUGUGUCUAGAAUGCGGGGCUGAUAAUCAGACAGGACCUUGAUUCGAGGAGCGAAUCCGUAAAUUUAGCAGCUGCCUAGUGUUGCGAGUGACGUCGGGGGCUCAGAGAAAAGCGCUGGUUAGGGCUGGGGGUGGGGCUGCCUCGUAUUAUAAUUCUGCGGCCCCUUUUUGACAACCGGCAUAGCGAAGCCACGAGACGGGAAGAGGAGUGGAGUUGAGCACCAGACCAGAGCUGAAGCCUGCUGCUGCUGCCGCUAUGCAUCGAGCGCUGGGACGGACGGAAGGAAGGAAGGCAGUGGCCAGUUUCGUUCUGGAUCCCCUCGGCCUAGCUGCUCGAGAUCACACUCUUCUUGCCAAUGAGCGAAGAAUUUGGCCGACCACAGACCGACCAUGCUAGCUAAUAGUGGACCUUUGAAUAUUUAAUAGCGCACACCAAGCCCUGCAGCCCCGCAGCCUCCACCUCCUGCUCCCGGACUCCCGGACUCCUUUCUAUAAAGCUUCUAAACUUGUUUUGGCUGCCUCCCUCCCUUCGUGCGAUCCUGCUCUCCUCUCCACUAGCACACAGAUUCAUCUGCUCAGCUGGCUGUGAGGCUGGUUGUUCCUCUUCCAAUUUGCAAUUUCCUGGUGCUCCGCUGCAAGUUUGAACUCCCCGCUGGCUCGGAUGGUACCAGAGAGAAUGUGAUUUUGGGUGUCACAUAUUUAGAACAUCUGCAUGCGAUUACACGACAGUGUAUCCCAAGACCGGCACCAGCAGCCUACUCCUACUACAACUACAAGUAUCGAUGUCAAGCUUCCUCAUCUGCUCGACCUCUCUACUAACACUGCCGCCGCCAAGACUCCCAAGAGCUUCCAGCGCCCCAUGGCCUGCACUUCUCCUGCUGCUUCCUGUCGACCGAUUGCCUAGAGCUCAUAUAUUCAUUGUGCACAAACUGCUGGUAUGCUCAAUCUCCCUCACCACAACAGAGAGAGAGAGAGGGGAAGGGAGAGAGAAGGGAAGCCCGGGCUUUCUUGACCGAGCUGCUCGGCGCUGCAGCUAGCCAGCCACCCAGAGCGAAUCAAGAUUCCACGUGUGCCUCUCUUCUAUUGACUUCUGUAGGAAACUAAACAUCGUCUCAUCAUCACGUCCUCCUCAUCAUGGUCCGGAACAGUCCGUGUGCAGUCAGUCGAUCGAAAUUGCGUUGUUGAGUUCGGGUUGGGUGGGGAACUCCGCUUCUCGCAUAUAUUUAGGUCGAGUAGGCACGUUCGGAACCGCACCUGCAGCCAGUAUUAGUCACAUGAAUAUCGCCCGCCCUGCGCAUUCAGUCACUCGUGACGAAGUUCCUCGUGAGCUAGGGCUACAUGUCUGCUGUGUCUAAAACACAGCAGUAGCAGCAGUAGUAGGAGUGCUGUCGGGUGCCACUGCUCGGGAUCAGCAGGCCUGUUCAAUUUCGGAGGAUGGAUGCUGCUGCUGAGCUAGAUUCUUCAAACUCCUCGAGUUUUGACGACGAGCAUAGCGGAAUGGUACCCUUGGGCAUUCCGUUCAGAAUUCAAGAUCCCUACACGGGAAAGUUCGUGUUUAAUCGGAACGAUGAUCUUCGUCUGCGAGCAAACGGAAGGGGAAUGGGUGGAGAAGAUGGAGGAGAUUUGUGGGAGCUUGCGGAUGCAGCAUCCAGGGAUAACACAUUUGAGUCAUCUCUGGGUGUAGAAACUGGCUAUUUGUUGAAAAACGUCCGCACAGGUCAGGUUAUUGUGGACGAAAGUGCUGGAGAUGGUAUACCAUCGAGUGGCUUCAGAUUGAGUGACGUAAAUGCAGUUCACUCGAACAACCAACUAUGGAUCAUUGAAGCGGUAGAGUGUGACUCUAGUAGAAGGAAAGGUAGAUUAUAUAGAAUUCGAAAUAGUCACAAUAGAGCCUUCCUGCUCAAUGGACUGAGAGCUAAAGGCAAGCGGCGUUUAAGAACCAAGGUGUUGAAGAGGGAUUCCAGAAACAUUUUUUGGAAGAUUGUAUUUGUGGACUCCACGGUACAGGAACAGGAAGUAAUCAGUAAGGAAAAGAGGACAAGAAGAAAUUCAAGGACACAACACCAAGAUUCCUUGGAACUGCCUGUAUUGCUAGUUGAUAAUGUAGACAUGGAGACAAGAUCUCCCACAGAGUCAAGAGUCAGUCAACAUGAAGGAAGUUGGAUUUCUGAUCCUCUUUGGAAAAGAUGGAUACAAGAAUUCACGGAUUGUGAGAUUUCUAAAGAGAUAGCAAAAAUCGCGGAUAAUUCUGGUAGCAAUGAUGGACUUCAUAAUAUUAGAGAAAUUUUAGUAGACAAUUGGCAAGCUAUGCCAGCAAGAUUCAGGAUGUGAAAAGCUUAUGAAUUUUGU